AUGCAGGCUAAUCCCAACCGCCAGCUCCGCUAUCAGACCGUCCAGUUCGUCAGCGGUGGACAAAAGGAGCCGGACGACCCUUCUGUCCUCAGGAAUCUAGAUAAUCUCGCCCUGGACCAGCCUGGCCAGCCUGCUCGGCCUGAGGAUGUCGAUAUCGACGUCGACACCGUCGUUGAGGAGUUACAUGUGACUGCCUCCAGGGAAGAGCCCACGGAUGACCUCUUCUCCAUCGAUGCAGACGGUGACAAGACCACUCCCAAACCUACAUUCCCGAAACCCGUUAUCAACUGUGAUUCCUCUGAUUCCAGCGAAGACGAGGUUGUCUUUAAAGGCAGAAGGCCAGCCUGGGGAUACUGGAGUCAACAUGUGUCCCCCAUAGUCAUCAACGACCCUCCAGCCACGGCCAGGGCUCAAGAUACGCAUCCCAGACGCAGUAACCAGACCGGCCGCCACGAAAAUCCCGGGUACCAAGGGUGGACCGGCGUGACUGAAGCUUCGGCGCCACACAAGGUGGUGCUGGAGUUCGGGAACGACUCGGCUGAUUCUGAUGCCGUUGCAGACUACAUUGCCAAUAUCGAUCAAGAUGACGCGUCUGGCAGCUCUACAGAUGACGAACAGCCAGGCAGAGCCGCUACUCCCAAAACUCCGCACAUGUCAGGCCCAGACGGUGUUGAGAAUAUAGACAGUUCCGACGAAGGGGAAGACGACGAUGAUGACAAUGACGGCUCUGAUCUUGAAGAGAUAAUUGACGAGGACAUGCAGUGGAUGUCUGACGAACAGCUUGCUCACCUCCUCGACAACCGCGACAUCCCCGACAUGGACGCGGACGAGAUCGACUUUUUCACCACGAACGGGUUCGCCAGAUCCGCUGCAACAACUACGUCGGGUUUGAAGAAGAAAAAGAAGAACAAGAAGAAGAGUGCACAGCUACGAGAACCCGUGUCGGCUUCCAAACUCGCCGAUAUGUUCGAAGAGGACCCCUACGGCGUCUUUGAUGUCAUGGACCGCAACCGUGCUAGCGUGAUGGGUAAGAAGGCAAGAGGGAAGAUUCCGGACUUCAACCUGUCCGACAGCGAGCUCGAAUCCAACAUCCAGGCUUCCUGGGAGGCUGAUCGGGAGAAGAAGAAGGCCAAGAAGCUUGAACGGGAGGAACUGCGCGCACAGGGGCUGCUGGGCAGAUUUGGCAAGUCUCAGCCACAGGGGAACUCCCCCAAUGACGUUCGUGAUGAGAUCCGUUCGUUUAUGAUGUCCCGGACACAGACCCUCCACCUCCCACCAAUGACCAAAAAGGACCGCAGGAUCGUCCAUGAGAUAGCCAACGCGCUCUCGCUCAAAUCCAUCUCCCGUGGUAAAGGCAACGACCGCUUCCCCAUCCUCACAAAGACCCAGGGCACUCCUGUCUUCUACCCUGACGAGACCGCGAAACUCGACGCCCUCGUUUUCCGCCACCGGAUCACACGAUACUCUGAGAGACGGCGGACAGAAGCAGGCGCACGCCCCGCCAAGUCCAGCGGCGAGGCCAAAGCAGCCUCGUACAGGGACGGAGAUGUCGUGGGAGCAUGGGCGCCAGAGAUCGGUGCUGAUAACCGGGGCAGGGUCAUGCUGGAGAAGAUGGGCUGGAAUACCGGCAUGUCUCUCGGCGCGGCCAACAACAAGGGAAUCCUACAGCCUAUUACCCAUGUUGUCAAGACUACAAAGGCAGGUCUGGGAUAA